AUGAAGGAAGAGGUGAAGGGAAUUCCUGUAAGAGUGGCUCUGCGUUGUCGCCCUCUGGUCCCCAAAGAGAUUAGCGAGGGCUGCCAGAUGUGCCUUUCCUUCGUGCCCGGGGAGCCUCAGGUGGUGGUUGGUACUGAUAAGUCCUUUACCUACGAUUUUGUGUUUGACCCCUCUACUGAACAGGAAGAAGUCUUCAAUACAGCAGUAGCGCCACUCAUAAAAGGCGUAUUUAAAGGAUAUAAUGCAACUGUCCUGGCCUAUGGGCAGACUGGCUCAGGAAAAACCUAUUCGAUGGGAGGUGCAUACACUGCAGAGCAAGAAAAUGAGCCAACAGUUGGGGUCAUUCCUAGGGUAAUACAACUGCUCUUCAAAGAAAUUGAUAAAAAGAGUGACUUCGAAUUUACUCUGAAAGUGUCUUACUUGGAGAUUGUAGGACUCACUGAGAAGACUGUUUUAGUUGCCCUGGAUACUGUUUCCUGUUUGGAGCAGGGCAACAAUUGUAGGACUGUGGCCUCCACAGCUAUGAACUCCCAGUCAUCCCGAUCUCAUGCCAUCUUUACAAUCUCCAUAGAGCAAAGAAAGAAAAGUGACAAGAAUAGUAGCUUUCGCUCCAAGCUACAUCUUGUAGACCUUGCUGGAUCAGAAAGGCAGAAGAAAACCAAGGCUGAAGGGGAUCGUCUAAAAGAGGGUAUUAAUAUUAAUCGAGGCCUCCUGUGCUUGGGAAAUGUAAUCAGUGCUCUUGGAGAUGACAAAAAGGGUGGCUUUGUGCCCUAUAGAGAUUCCAAGUUGACUCGACUGCUUCAAGAUUCUCUAGGAGGUAAUAGCCAUACUCUUAUGAUAGCCUGUGUGAGUCCUGCUGACUCCAAUCUGGAGGAAACAUUAAAUACCCUUCGCUAUGCUGACAGAGCAAGAAAAAUCAAGAACAAACCUAUUGUUAAUAUUGAUCCCCAGACGGCUGAACUUAAUCAUCUAAAGCAACAGGUACAACAGCUACAGGUCUUGUUGCUACAAGCCCAUGGAGGUACCCUGCCUGGAUCUAUGAAUGUGGAGCCAUCAGAAAAUCUGCAAUCCCUGAUGGAGAAGAAUCAGUCUCUGGUAGAGGAGAAUGAAAAAUUAAGUCGUGGUCUGAGCGAGGCAGCUGGUCAGACAGCCCAGAUGUUGGAGAGGAUCAUUUUGACAGAGCAAGCGAAUGAAAAAAUGAGUGCCAAGCUAGAAGAGCUCAGACAGCAUGCAGCCUGCAAACUGGAUCUUCAAAAGCUAGUCGAGACUUUGGAAGACCAAGAAUUAAAAGAAAAUGUAGAGAUAAUUUGUAGCCUACAGCAAUUGAUAACCCAGUUAUCGGAUGAAACUGUUGCUUGCAUGGCUGCAGCCAUUGAUACUGCAGUGGAACCAGAAACUCAAGUGGAAACCAGUCCAGAGACCAGGAGGUCUUCUGAUGCCUUCACCACUCAGCAUGCUCUCCGUCAAGCUCAAAUGUCUAAGGAGCUGAUUGAGUUGAAUAAAGCCCUUGCAUUGAAAGAGGCCCUAGCUAGGAAGAUGACUCAGAAUGACAGCCAACUACAGCCCAUUCAGUUCCAGUACGAGGAUAACAUUAAAAAUCUAGAACUAGACGUCAUCAAUCUGCAAAAGGAAAAGGAAGAAUUGGUUCUUGAACUUCAGACAGCAAAGAAGGAUGCCAACCAAGCUAAGUUGAGUGAGCGCCGCCGCAAACGUCUCCAGGAGCUGGAGGGCCAAAUAGCUGAUCUGAAGAAGAAACUGAAUGAACAGUCCAAACUUCUGAAACUGAAGGAAUCCACGGAGUAUACAGUCUCCAAACUGAACCAGGAGAUACGGAUGAUGAAAAACCAGCGGGUACAGUUAAUGCGUCAGAUGAAAGAGGAUGCUGAGAAGUUUAGACAGUGGAAGCAUCAAAAAGACAAAGAAUUAAUGCAGUUAAAAGAAAGAGACCGUAAGAGACAAUAUGAGCUGCUCAAACUUGAAAGAAACUUCCAGAAACAAUCCAAUGUGCUCAGACGUAAAACUGAGGAGGCAGCAGCUGCCAACAAGCGUCUCAAGGAUGCUCUUCAGAAACAACGGGAGGUGGCAGAUAAGCGGAAAGAGACUCAGAGCCGUGGAAUGGAAGGCACUGCAGCUCGAGUGAGGCAGGGGCGUUUCCCAGCCAAGCCAACCAUUGAGGGAGGAGCCGACGCAGCAGCUGUUUCAGGGAAUCGCCUGCUGGCAGCUUGGACAAGCCGGCAGGACCCGGUGCCCCCAGGUCACGAGAGCGGUGCAGGGAGACCACGGCCCCUUCCUCCCUAUAGCAACCGCGAGAGUGCUAAGAGUGCUCAGAUUGCUGACCUACAGCAGAAGCUGCUGGAUGCAGAAAGUGAAGACAGGUCAAAACAACGGUGGGAGAAUAUUGCUACCAUUCUGGAAGCCAAGUGUGCCCUGAAAUAUUUAAUUGGAGAGCUGGUCUCCUCCAAAAUACAGGUCAGCAAGCUUGAAAGCAGCCUGAAACAGAGCAAGGCCAGCUGUGCUGACAUGCAGAAGAUGUUGUUUGAGGAACGAAAUCAUUUUGCUGAGAUAGAGACAGAGUUACAAGCUGAGCUGGUCAGAGUGGAGCAACAGCACCAAGAGAAGGUGCUGUACCUUCUCAGCCAACUGCAACAAAGGCAAAUAGCAGAGGAGCUAGAGGAGUCAGUCAGCGAAAAGGAACAGCAGCUGUUGAACACACUGAAGUGUCAGGAUGAAGAACUUGAAAAGAUGCGAGAAGUUUGUGAGCAAAAUCAGCAGCUUCUCCAACAGAAUGAAAUCAUCAGACAGAAACUGACCCUCCUCCAAGUAGCCAGCAGACAGAAACAUCUUCCUAAGGUUACCCUUCUAUCUCCAGACUCUUCUUUUGAAUAUAUCCCACCUAAGCCAAAACCUUCUCGUGUUAAAGAAAAGUUCCUCGAGCAAACCAUGGACAUUGAGGAUCUAAAAUAUUAUUCGGAGCAUUCUGUGAAUGAGCAUGAGGAUGAUGAUGGUGACGGUGAUGAUGGGGAUGAUGAGGAAUGGAAGCCAACAAAAUUAGUUAAGGUGUCCAGGAAGAACGUCCAAGGGUGCUCCUGCAAGGGCUGGUGUGGGAACAAGCAGUGUGGAUGCAGGAAGCAAAAGUCAGACUGUGGCGUGGACUGCAGCUGUGACCCCACAAAGUGUCGGAACCGCCAGCAAGGCAAGGAUAGUUUGGUCACUAUUGAGCGGACCCAGGAUUCCGAAGGCUCCUUCAAACUGGAGGAUCCCACAGAGGUAACCCCAGGAAUGAGCUUCUUCAACCCCGUCUGUGCCACUCCCAACAGCAAGAUCCUGAAAGAGAUGGGUGAUGUGGACCAGGUGCUGCUAAAGAAGACUGCCCCAGUUCCCUCCUCCUUUGACCUCCCUGACUUGAAACACGUAGCAACAGAAUCCCAAGAAAAUAAGGCUCCAGGGAAAAAAAAGAAACGAGCUCUGGCCAGCAAUACCAGCUUCUUCUCUGGCUGCUCCCCUAUCGAAGAAGAGGCCCACUGAAGUUGGAGUCAUCAUCUCUACCCCCAGUCUGGCCUGGAAAAUGCUUUCAGGUUGCAGCCAGAAGGGGUUUUUGUAAUGACUUCUCUGGAUUUCAGGUUUCUUGCUGUUGAAAAAAGGGACAGAGUGUUAUGGAAAGGAAGGUAACCUUUGUUGGACGUUGGCCCUCAGUCUCCAGCCCCAGGUUACUGCUCUCUCUUCUCCAGAAGUGUGCUAAGCCACCUACUGAAGAGAGAACAACUGACCUUCCUAAUGACUCAUCAGAAACCAGCCCCCAGUACAAUCUAGCUCUUUCUUAUUUGUGAGUAGUUAAGGCUGUCUCCCGAUGGGGAUGAGACCAAGCUUUCUUACCUCUGGGUUGUCUCUGUUUAAUGGAUGAGCCUGGUCUAGGAUGGAGGCCCGGCUCAGCUCUCUCACCCCACCUUAGGAAUGGGGUUGGGAUCUUUCUUGCCCUGACCCUCUCUGGAUUUUAAAUGUUCUAAUAGUACGUUCAAUUGUCUGCCAUGUUACUGAAGUAAAUGAAUUAUUUUUAAAUGUUAAGUAAGUAAAUAAACCUUAGCCCAUCUAC